GAGGGGUGGAGGGCUGCGACUGGCCGUGCGCGUAUCUGGGUGAUUGCCGCACGUGCAGACACGAAGCUCUCGCCGCUUCGUCCACCGCUGUCGAGCUCCCACACGCUCUCCCCACGCUUUUAGGCUCCCCCGUCCGUCCUCGUCCCCGUACAUCCUCGCUUUCCUCCACACUAUGCCAUCAGAGCACCCCGUUCCCGCGAUACACGACCAGCCGUCCCCUGACCAGUCCCAGGGGCAGGUCAAGCUCUGCUCCGCCUGCCAUUGCCCCCUCUCAGCAGACUCUCCCAAUUCUGCUUUCUUUCUUCACGGCGACCCCGACUCCAGCGAGACUUCCAUUGUCUGCGGGCCAUGCCACACCCGUCUCGUCCCCCACCGCGCAGAGGCCCCGUCGACCGUCGAGUACUUCACCAUGGAACGGGUGCUCUUACGUCGCGCGGAGUCUCUGCAAGGCGGACGCAACGAGGCACCAGUCGCACCACGGAGGGAGUCUAUCCCUCAUGCGUCGCAUUCCCCGGUCGACCGUGGCCUUGACGAAGACGAAGACAUGGACCGUCCGUCAACCAGCGCCCUGUCGAUUGUCCAUGUUGAACACCCAGCAUCAUUACCGGCCCCGCCAGAGACGCCUGUCGUCCACGUUCCCGCUCGCCCGACCCCUGCACCCAUCGAUACGAAGUCCAUCCCCCCUCACCAUUCCCAACCAUCAUCGACAGCACAACUUUCGCCGGUCCAGCUCGCUACCCCGUCUAGCAGUAGGGCUCGGUCAAAGGCAGCGCUUGCUGCGUCGCCUGACCCAUUGUCGGACAUCACGCGGUUGCGAGUGCGCUCGCAAGGUCACCACUGUCUCUAUCCUGGCGCUACAUUUCAGGGCACGCAGAAGAGCGGCAGGAACAGCUACGACGUCAAUGUUACCAUUGUGGAUGUUGACUUUGCGUCAUCCCAUUUGUGUGGCUAUCUGCGCAUACGCGGGUUGACGGAUGAUUGGCCUGAGCUCACCACAUACUUCGAUGCCGAGAUCAUCGGGAGUCGGUACGGGUUCCUGACGAGGAAUUGGGGGGCGACGGAGCAGGAUGAUAUGGUUCAUUGGGCUCGCUUCCCUGCCUUCCGACACGUCCGGCAUGAAUUGAAAAAGCCGCACCUGACGAUGAAGGACGCGAAUCGGGGCGCAGUGUUCAUGAGGUGGAAGGAGAAGUUCCUGGUUCCCGAUCACCGUGUACAGGAUAUCAACGGGGCGAGUUUCGCAGGGUUCUACUAUGUCUGCGUCGACUUCAACCCUCACCAAUCCAGCUCCACGAGUACCCACAGUUCCCAAUCUCCCACGUCCCUUGAUCCGUCCACUCUUCCGACUUCCGACAAGCCCAGGUUCAGAUCUCGUGCACGGCGGACAUCGAUGAACCAGGGAGCAAACAGGCAAGGCCGGUCGCAAUCUCGCGGCGUGCCCUCAUCCCCUGUAGCCACCAUGAGCGGGUUCUACUUCCACCAAAACUCGGAACCUUACCAACAGCUCUCGUUGGUCCACGUACCGGAAAGCACUACAUCAUGCUUUGAAUUCCGAUGAAGUGCGCCGCUGAGGAUGGGAUACCCGGCUGAGAGACUGUCUUGGAGGACUUGGAGGGCAUGUCGAUCAGGCAGUAUUGCUUCUCGUCGUAUUCUUUCCUGAUGUGCGCUCGCAUCUGUAUUCGCUGUCAGUCUCGCGCGCUGUCUGGGUCUUGUACGUACUUGUGUUACCCCCUGCCCGCAGCAUCUGUACCCAUCUCAUUGCCACUGGUUACCUCGCUCGCAUACCUCCCCCACGCCGUGUUAUGACCUGUUGUGUACUACUUUGUGACAUGCCGUACCAUGCCCGUAAUACGUUGAAACCUGCGCCUGCUGUGCGAUAUGUUGUGCGCGCCGUGGCCCACGCUGUGCGCAGUGUGGCCCC